GCUCGUGAGCUGAAGCCCAGUGUCCGGUCGGGCGGCAUGCUAGACGGUCGUGUUACUGUAUUUUACUUACAUGUUACGUAUAUAGGGGAUUGUAUGUGAUGUACUGUGAAGUGACGGCUAGUGACGUUUGAUGUUUGUUUGUGAUAAUCAGAAGCAUUCAUGAUUCAGGAAUCGCAAUCAACGAGCAAUGAAAGAUGGAACGGUCGCGGCCCCGAGCACAACAUGGCGUUGCAACAAAUACUCAAACUGCAAGAGGCGAGAGCUCUCCACAAGACGUCCCUGCUACCCAUUUACAAAAAGAACGGGAUUCCUUCACCGCCGGCCUCUAACCAAGAAUAUGAACAAAAGCGACUUGAUAACUAUCCUGAACAGGUUUUAGAACAGUUAAAACUUGAAGAAGAGUUCAGAAGACUGAUGGAGAGAUCCGCCAGCGAAGCUCGUAGUGAUGAAUCCUUAAAAUACUUCCAACACAUGAUGGAAGCGAGACAGCAUUUUGAAUAUCUGAAGAACAUGAAAGACAGAGAUAUAAAAAAUACCUAUUCAGAAGAAGACAACUUGGAAUCAAGAAAGGAAACAAAACAAUAUGAUAAUAAAUUUUCACCGAUCCACAAACAGUCUCCUCUACGGACUUCACCAGCUGAAGUUUCACCCAAUCAUAGUGUUCGCUUAUCUACCUCAUCCAGUCCACUCUCUACAACUAGUCCAAUGAAUUCCUCGCCACUUAGUCAUCUACAAAAUAUGCAACCCUUUGAUUUUCGUAAGCAUAAAUUACCUGAAAGCAAUACUAAAGAAGAACCAAUAAAACAGAACUAUGAUGUUAAUAGUGCCGAAAAAGCAGCAUUAGAAUUAAUGAGGAGCCAACUUUUUAACUUUCAAUUACCAUCUAAUUUACCGAUUCCUCCCAUGACAAUGCCAUCUACGUUCACGCACCCCGCAGCGAUGGUUGCAGCACUUAGUCAAAAUCCUAUGGGACUAGCGUCAUUACAAGCCUUAUUACCUCAGAUGUCGGCAAAAGUCACUGAACCAGUUGAAUCUAAACUAAGCAACGGGCUCGGCAACAGCAGAUCUGAUGAAAGAGUUGAAGAUGAAAAUGUUCUUAAUUUAAGUAAGGAUGCAUUCGCGGAGGCGACUCAAAAGUCGAGAGAAUUGAUGAUGAGUAAAUGCUUAAGCCCACCGAAGAGACAUUGGGGUGCAUCACAAAUGCCUUUAAAUUUAGGAACGCAUUUUAUCAAUCCAGCCACUGGUAAGAAAAGAGUUCAAUGUAACGUAUGCCUUAAGACGUUUUGCGAUAAAGGAGCACUAAAAAUUCAUUUUUCCGCUGUACACUUGAGAGAAAUGCACAAGUGCACUGUUGAAGGCUGCAGCAUGAUGUUUAGUUCUAGAAGAUCUAGGAAUAGACACAGUGCAAAUCCUAAUCCAAAACUUCAUUCGCCACAUUUGAGGCGUAAAAUUUCACCUCACGAUGGCAGAAGUGCACAAGCUCAUUCCGUUCUACUCUCACAACACGGAGCAGGUUUGAAUAUACCUCCAGUUAUGAAUCCGAUGCAUGCGUUUGGAUCAUAUCCCAUGAUGAACCCAUCACAAGGCAUGCGACCAUACUCUACGAAUAUACCAUUAGAUUAUAAAAAUAAUGUAAAUUUCCACCCUCACUACGAUCAGUCACAUUUGAUGCGACGAGAAUCUAACUCGGAAGAUAACAAAGAUCAAGAGGUUCAGGGUGAGUCUGACGAAGAUGAUGGUAUUGUCGUCGUAGCGGGAGACGAAGAUGACGAUGAUAACGAACAUAUGGACACCAGCGAUUAUUAUUCUAACCUAAAUAAGUCAAUAGGAUCAUUAGAAGAUUCGGAAACUGAUUUUGAUCAAAGAAGUGUAAGUGAUAACAAUGACAACAGAAAAGAUGGUGCAAUCAGUCCCGAAGUUAUGAAAAGAAAACGAAAGAAUUUGAAUCCUAUUCGUUUACAAAGUAAUAACAAUUUAGAACAGCAAGAAAAUGUCAGUGACAAUAACGAUUGCCGGACAGAGAGUGCUGAUGAUAAUUUAAUAGAUCCAAAAAGAAUAAAAUGUGACGAAGAUGAAAAAAAUGAUAAUUCCCUAGUGACAAUUGAAAAUGGAGACAUACCUAAAAUAAAACAAGAGAUAACAGAAAUUAAAAAAGAACCUUCAGAAGUAGAUUUCAAUCCACAAGAUUUAAGAAUUAAAGAAGAACCGCGCGAUAAAGAAGAUUCUUUUAAGCAACUACCAAAGUUACAGACUAAUAGUGAACUGUUUUCAUCUGAAAAUGCAUUAAAACGCCUUGAGAGUUUAUCAAGAGGAGAUUUUCCAAAUCUAGCUAAAAGAAUUGAUUCUACUCCUGGAGGUCCAUAUAAUUUAUCAAUGCAUGAAACAAUGGAAUUUUCUGACAGAUCUCCUUCGUCGUCCGUAUCGAGUUACGAUUAUGUUCCAGAUGACGGUCACGGCCAAAUACAAGGUCACUUCGAGAAUGGUUUCUUCGUUGUCACGUCCGAUGUUCCAACGGAUCAUGAAAACCCUCUGAAAUGCACCGUUUGUGACAAAUUAUUUCAAAAUAUAUUCAUUUUAAAGACUCAUUACCAGAACACGCAUUUAAAAAUAAUGUACAAAUGCAGCAAUGAGAGCUGCAGAGCAUCAUUUACUACGAAACAAAGCAGAGACCGACAUAGUUGUAAUAUUAAUCUACAUAGAAAGGUUUUUUCAAUGUGCGGUCGAACAGACGAAUCUCCAAUCAAAAUGCUGGAUAAGAUUCGUGAACAAAUGGAUUUAAUAGCGAAAUUCAACGACGAUGAACGUGUGAUCCCUUAUAUUGAGGCACAAAAGUACUAUCAAGCGAAAGAAUCUGAGAAAACAAAGAAUCAUUUGAGUCAACAAAUACCAUUUGGAGCGCCAUACCCGCCUCUUCAACUUCCUGAAUCUUAUUUAAAUGGCCGUGAUAUGUUCAACCAACAGCCAUUUCUCUUUACGCCUUUCGGUAUGCUACCAAAUUUCCCUGCUCUCCCAUUCGGGUUCCUUCCUCCAAAUCUAACUCCUUUCGGCUGUCAUACCCAAGGCUAUCCACCUAUGUUAAGAAAAUUAAAUUAUUGCAUAGAAGAUGAAGCUCCCAGACCUAACAAAGAUGGUUCAUACCCUUGUAGAGGUUGUAGAGAGGUGUUCAAAGAUCUGAUGGGUUUGAAAGUUCACUGUGAAAGUGUACAUGUUCAGUCCUUACAUAGAUGUUCAGUAAGUGGUUGUAAUGCUGCAUUCUUUUCUAGAACUAAAAGAAACAUUCACUCAGAAGCCCACCUUAGUUCCAGACGCCAGAACGGAAGAAGUCUUCAUCUUGUAAAUUCUACGUGAUCUGUUUAAUAGUUUAAAAAUAUAAAUGCAUUUGUGAUGUUUUAGAGUAACCAAAUAUGUAUUCAAUGUAGUUAUUUGUUGAUACCAGUUCUGAAUGAAUUAUUAAAAAUCAAUAAAUUCAAUUUUAAAUCUUAUAUUGUCAAUGUUUCUUGCUUAAGGCGGCUGUGUACAUAAUUAGGACUUUAUCGCUGUAGUAGAUAAUUAGAAUUGUACAUUUUGACAUUCCAUAGUAAUAAUUGUGCAAUAACUGUAUAUAAUAGUAAAUAAUGUACAAAGCCUCAAUAAAUGAAAUCAAAUUGAAUUCUUUUGUGUCUUAAAGGAUGUCUUUGCCGUUCAAAUUAUAUAAAAAAACAAUAAUUUAUCAUAGUUUAAAAAAUAUUCGAAAUAAGAUAAUAUCUCUUAAUUUUGGUGCUACAUAAAUGUUUCGUGUACGUACUUCUAGAAUAUUCCUGUCUCUAGAUUUAAUAUGUACAAUUCGUAUGUGUGAUUUUGUUAUAUAGGAUAAAUAAUACAUAAGAACCAAAAAGUAUUAUAUACGUAGAAUUACGUUUAAGAUACGGAAUAAAAUAAUAGAGUAAUCCUUCCUUUUGCCAA